UGACUGCUGAUAAACCUAAAAAAAAAUAUUGGAUGCUUGUAGAAUGUGUAGAUUUGGAUUCUAAAGAUUUAAAACCUUAUAAUUCUCAAAAAAUUCCUGAUUAUACUCGUAAAAUUGAAAUGGUUAUUGAUUUCAAACCUGAUGAAAAAAAUGUUACCAGAGGUUUCAUAAAUAAUGCUACUCAUAAAAUUGAUGUGAAAUAUCCUACUCUUAAUAAAGUUUAUGAUGGUAUAACCGAAUUUGAUGCUGAUCAAGUUGCUUUCAUAAUUGAAAAAGAGGAAAUUAUUGAUAUUAUUUUGAUAAGUGGAAAUGAAACUACUCCAGAUUAUAACAAUCUAAAUACCAUUGACCCGAUAGAACGUGAUACUACAACUAUUCCUGCUGAUGGAUGGACUAUUCUCCGAUUUGUAGCAGAUAAUCCUGGUGUAUGGGGAUUCCACUGUCACAUUGAGGUAAUUUAA